AUGCCAUUCGGGUUUUUCAAUGGGGCCAGCUAUGCCCAAGUAGGCGCGCUGCUCGCGGCCGGCCGCACGGCCAGCGCCACCCCGCCAGCUACCUCUGAUAAUAUGCCAGCGUGGCGAACAGGCAACUAUGCCGGACAGCCCGUCGUGCAAUUUUUAUUGCAGGAGCGAUAUGAAGGCAUGCAAUGCGAGUCGGAUUCAUGGGACGACGUCUUUGAGAUCUAUGGCACCCUGCACGCCAAGCAUAUCACCACAGUGUUCGGGUAUGAACCUGCCCAUGGUGGGGGCGCGGCUGCCCAGCAGCCGGUUAUCAACUGA